CCACCCAAGUGGAGUCUCAGUGGCUGCUGCCCAGAGCACAUAGGAGCUACCAGUGACUUGGUACAAGCAGUUGGGGCUCAGAAAAGAUCUCCCUGGGCAGGAGCUAUGGCAUGGCCACCUCCCUACUGGCUCUGCAUGUUGGGGACCUUGGUAGGGCUCUCAGCUACCCUAGUCCCAAACAGCUGUCCAGACAAACACUACUGGACUGGAGGAGGACUCUGCUGCCGGAUGUGUGAGCCAGGUACAUUCUUUGUGAAGGACUGUGACCAAGACAGAACAGCCGCUCUGUGUGAUCCCUGUAUACCAGGCGCCUCCUUCUCUCCAGACUACCACACCCGGCCCCACUGCGAGAGCUGCAGGCAUUGUAACUCUGGUUUUCUCAUCCGCAACUGCACAGUCACUGCCAACACUGAGUGUACCUGUUCCAAGGGCUGGCAGUGCAGGGACCAGGAAUGUACAGAGUGUGACCCUCCUCUAAACCCUGCAUUGACCAGACAGCCAUCUGAGGCCCCGAGCCCACAGCCGCCACCCACCCACUUACCUCAUGCCACAGAGAUGCCAGCCUGGCCCCUACACAGGCAGCUUCCCGACUCAACUGUCUAUAGCCACCGGUCACCCCACAGACCCCUGUGCAGCUCGGACUACAUCCGGAUCUUUGUAACCUUCUCCAGCUUGUUUCUUGUCUUCAUCCUGGGUGCAAUCUUGUUCUUCCAUCAAAGAAGAAACCACGGGCCAAAUGAAGAGAGCCAGGCAGUGCCUGAAGAGCCUCGUCCUUACAGCUGCCCCAGGGAGGAGGGGGGCAGUACCCUCCCUAUCCAGGAGGACUACCGGAAACCUGAGCCUGCUUCCCACCCUUGACCUGGUGCUGGGUGGGGCCCUUUCUGACGAGGGACCAUCCACAGAGACCUCGAUGGUGGCCUGCUCCCAUCAUGGUCAUCAGAAUCCUUUCCUGUGAAUACUCAACAAACUGCCUUUCUGAGACAGACGGGGACAAGAGCAGGAUCCCAGUGUGUAUCCAGCAAGCUGGGGAGACUCGGGCUCUAGCUAUAAAACACACUUACUCUAAAUGAAGGCAUCCAGCUGGCAAAACUACAUGCAGGGGUGAAAAUGGCUCAGCAAGGGCUCCAGAGAGGGCUUGGCAGUGAGGAGCACGUAGUGUUCCCCCAGAGGACCAGAGUUUGAGUCCCAGCACUGUCAGCUGGAUCAAAACCAGCUGUAACUCUACUUUCAGAGGGGCUGACACCUUUGACCUCCUCUGGCACCUACAAACACAGGAGACACCACACACACACACACACACACACA